AUGCCUCUUUUUUCUAUAAGCAUAAUUUUGGGGAUCCUGCCCCUUGGCUCUAGCCAGUUUCCUCGGGCAUGUGCCAACUCAGACAACUUGCUGAGAAAGGAGUGUUGUCCAACAUGGCCUGGUGAUGGUUCUCCUUGUGGGGAGCUUUCAGGCAGGGGUUCUUGCAGAGAGAUCCGCCUUUCAGAUGCCCCUCUUGGUCCUCAGUUCCCUUUCUCUGGAGUGGAUGACAGAGAGAACUGGCCUGCUGUGUUUUACAAUAAGACAUGUGAGUGCUCAGGCAGCUUCAUGGGAUACAACUGUGGAGAUUGCAAGUUCAACUUUGCGGGUCCUAACUGCACUGAAAGAAAACUACAGGUAAGGAAAGACAUCUUCAAGCUCAACACCAGAGAACACUACCAGUUCCUUGCCUAUCUCAAUUUGGCAAAACAUACAACCAGCCGGGAUUUUGUCAUUGCCACCGGAACGUAUGCCCAAAUGAACAAUGGCACCACUCCGAUGUUCCAAGACACCAGCGUCUAUGACCUUUUUGUCUGGAUGCAUUAUUAUGUGUCUCGAGACACACUUCUUGGAGGUACCAAUGUCUGGCGGGAUAUUGAUUUUGCACACGAAGCUCCAGGUUUUCUUCCUUGGCAUCGGCUUUUUUUGCUCCUAUGGGAACAUGAGAUCCGGAAGCUUACUGGGAAUGAAGAUUUCACCAUCCCCUACUGGGACUGGAGAGAUGCUGAAGGCUGUGACAUCUGUACAGAUGAGUACAUGGGGGACAGACAUCCCAGCAAACCAAACCUAUUGAGCCCAGCCUCCUUCUUCUCUUCAUGGCAAGUAUGUACAGGCAGGAG